UGGGCAAAGAGUGAACACAUGAACAUGGCUUCAUCCUCUGUCAGCGCCUGGAUCCUGCUCAUCAGCGUCUGCACCGCAGAUGGAAUCUUCACUUAUGCGUUGAAUCGCUGUGUGUUUAACUCCACUGAGCUGAAGGACAUCGAGUACAUCAGAUCUUAUUAUUACAACAAGCUGGAGUUUCUCAGGUUCAGCAGCAAUGUGGGUAAAUAUGUUGGAUACACUGAGCUGGGAGUGAAGAACGCACAACGAUGGAACAAGGAUCCUGCAGAGCUGAGCAGGAUGAACGCUCAGAAGGAGACGGUCUGCCAACACAACAUUGGGAACUGGUACAAGGCUAUUCUGCCUAAAUCAGGUGAGUUUGUGUCUGAGUUCAUCCUGACUUUGAAUCAAACUGAUCAGUUCAUCAUCAAUAAUCAAUGAUCAAUAAUCAGUGUUUGUGCUGCAGCUUUAAAAUCCAUCAGAGUAACAGAGUGACUGACACCUGGACAGGUGGAGUCUGGACUGUAGAGGAGGGUCAGAGUCUCCCUCUGGUGGAGAAACUCUGCUACUGCACCUCUGGUCAUAUUAUUAGUAUUAGUAUUAUAGUGGUCGUUGUACUGGUUUUAUUAGGGUCCGAGCACCAAAGGGUGUGAAGACCCUAUUGGAAUGGUAGGAGUUUUUAUUAUUCUUCAUGACAAAGACACGCGUUUUUGAGGCCCUGAACGUACUCGAAACUGCACAAAACUUGCCACAUACAUCAGACCCGGCAAAAAAAUUUAGAAUUUGGAAGAAAAAUACACAACUCUAAAGAAAAAUGGCUCCAUAGCGCCACCUUGAAAAUUUGAACAGAGUCCUGUUGGAAGCACCUUUGCCCUAGAGCAACGCAAUUCCAUCGGCCUAUAGAGCUGGUCAGCACGAACAAAAAAGUCCACUUGGACCAAGCUCUAAAAUGCAACACGACUCAACUGCGCCCCCUACAAUAUUUCAACAGAGUCCCAUCAGGGCUACGUU